AUGAGAGGUGCAGACACAAUAAUCCCGGCGCGGUUUCUGACCCUUUUGGGCCAUUUGUGUGUCCUGGUGACUUUAUUAUGGGAGAGCAAGCAGAGCGUUCGUCACUGCUUACCGAGGGAAUUCCAGGAGAGUCUCUUGACUAUAUAUCACAGCCGAUUGGUGGCGGGAUUCUCUGCGUCACUAGUUCUCAUUGUGAUUGAAUUCUUGACCUUCCUCCUUGGACUAACUAUGUUUUCCCCGUCCGUUUCAUUGAUCUCUAUCGGCGGUCAUGGAUUCGCUUCCAUCCUCCUAACUUAUUUCGUAAUAGACGGCUGGUUGUGCGAUUGGUUCUGGCCUAUCUUCUUCUUCUGUUCUGUGUUGCCAAAAGAGUGUUAUGUAACAAAUGAGCACGAGCACUUAACACAGACGCACGAUUACACGCCAGGAUGGUCGUUCUACUUGGUAUUGGCGGGCGUGGUCACCACAUUAGGUUCUUCGCUGCCAGUCGGAUUCAAUAUUGGAGUGGUCAAUACGCCAGCUGACAUAAUAAAACUGUUUUGUUAUACAAGUCUACUUAGUCGGUACAAUAUAGAUUUGGAUGAAACAUGGCUGAAUGUGCUCUGGGCUGCCAUCGUCUCGAUCUUCAUCGUGGGAGGAUGCACUGGAUCUAUUCUAGGAUCUGUGCUCGCUGAUAAACUUGGAAGGAAAAAGGCAACUAUAGUGACCAGUAUUCUGUCCAUAGCCGGUGCGGUAAUGUUUGUUUCGUGUCGUGCUGCCAACUCUGUAGAAAUGCUAAUAUUGGGGAGACUUCUUGUUGGAUUGUCCGGUGGUCUAACUACAAGUAUUGUACCGAUGUAUCUAACGGAAUUAGCGCCGCCGAAUUUAACUGGUGCUAUGGGCGUCGCAUGUCCUAUGGGGGUGAAUGUUGGGGUAUUGGUGGGGCAAGUUAUGGGACUAAAGUUCCUAUUAGGUGGUAUCGACGAUUGGCCCUAUCUGCUAUCCGUCUACGUAUUGCUAGUCAUAAUAUGUUUACCAGUGUUAUUUAUACUGCCAGAAAGUCCAAAAUACCUCUUUGUAGUUAAGAAGAAUGAAUCGGAGUCUCUUAAAGAGUUAAGCCGGGUCCGCGGUGUAUCGCCGAGUUUAUUGACCUAUGAAUUAGAUCUUUUGCGAGAGGAGUCGCGCACAUCGUCUAGCGAUGAACAUUAUAGUAUGUGCGCAGUGCUAGCUGAUUCGCGGCUUAUGUUGCCUCUUUUAUUAGUUUGCUCGUCUCAAGCAGGACAGCAAACAAGCGGUAUCAACGCGGUGUUCUACUAUUCACAAACGAUAUUCAAGCAAGCCGGCCUAUCUGACCAGAACGCGCAAUACGCGACGAUCGGUUGUGGAGCCAUUAAUGUAUGCACUGCCAUACUGAUGCUGUAUCUCCUACCGCGGAUGGGAAGACGUCCUUUAUUACUUGGAUCUAUGUUUUGUGCGACCAUCAUUUUAGCAUUGCUAGCGGCUGCUAUGAAAUUUAUAGAUGCGGUGUCUUGGAUGCCGUAUGCUGCAAUGGUAGCGGUUCUAUCGUACGUCUUGGUCUACGGUUUCGGUCUGGGGCCCAUACCUUACUUUAUAGCAUCUGAAAUAUUCGAGGUGGCACCGCGUGGUGCUGCAAUGGCGUGGGGAUCUUUGGCUAACUGGGGGGGCAACUUCCUAGUGGGGAUGUGCUUCCCCACUAUGCGCGACAACAUCGGCCCUUAUUCUUUUCUCGUGUUUUCCGCACUAACGGCAGCUCUAACAGUCUUUCACAAACUAUAUUUCCCGGAGACCAGACGCCUCACACCAACUCAAGUGACAAUACUAUGCAGCGAAGGCUUCCGUUCACGUCCCGUAUCAAUUACGGCACGCUGCCGUGCCCGUAGACAAACCGGUGUUGUAACAUGCGAUGUGGUGUAA